AUUCAAUUCUUUUUCUCCACCAAACCAAACUCGUGCACCAAACUCCGUCGAUGUGUCUCUGCCUCCAAACUCAAACCUUGGUAAUCUCCGCGCCUCAAACCCUAGCCGCCGCCAUGGCCUUCCUCGCCGGCGCAUCAUCCAUCGGUAGCCCCUUCGCCCUCGCCUUCUCCUCACAUCGCCGGAAUGAUCUUCCCAUGGCCGUCAAAGCCACCGCCAGCUCGAACUCGGUUUCAACCCACCCCUUUAUCUCCUCCCUCCGCCUCGCCGCCUCCGCCGCGGUCCUCCUCGCGGCUACCUCCCCGGCCAUCGCGUGCACCCCCUCGCCGCCUCCCCCUCCCCCCGCGCUAACCGUAACGGUCUCACCCGAGGACGCCAUCCCCGGCGACUGCCACCCCUUCGAGAAGCUCAUCAUUGAGACCGCCGCCCUCUCCCGUUUCGGCGAUGCGGAGGCCGCGAGGUCCCGCCUCUCCGCCGCCGGGGGCGGCGAGCACUACGCCCGCCUCUUCGCGGCGCAGACGCUCUUUGUGGACGGAAAGGUGGAGGAGGCGAUCGCGGCCUUCGAGGAGCUCGCGCGGGAGGACCCCGGCGACUACCGCCCCCUGUUCUGCCAGGGCGUGCUGUAUUCUAUGCUGGGCAGGGAGACGGAAUCGGAUUCGAUUCUCGAGCGCUGCCGGCUGAUCGCCGGUGACAAAUUCGGCGGCGGUUUUGCAAUGCCGGUCUCGGCUGCCGAGGAGGCGCGACUAGAAGCAGCAGAGUCAGCGGCAGAGAAGACGGAAACGGAGGUCGAAGGGGAAAAGCUGUGACUGGAGUGGACUUUGGAUCCCCAAAUAAGGUACUUCGUAGGCAUUUGGUCUCUUCUUUUUAAAGAAAAGUGUACGAAUAGGGGGGAUAUUCGAAAUAGCAGUGCCUGUUUUGCAUUUCCGAUACGUCGGCCACAAGUAAAGAUAUGCAUUUCACAUGGUCUAAGAAUAAAUUGAAGUGAUCGAUUUUGAGCC